AUGGAAACAGUAUCGCGAAUUUCUUCUAUGCUUGAAACAGCGCGCGAGCUCACUCUUGAAGCCGCUCAGUCCGCCAGCAACAGCAAAUUAUAUCGAUCUGGUGGCUCUCCCCGGAAUUCAGCACAAAUUAAAAAGCUUUUAGAUAGUAGAGUUGAUCGGGAAAUCCUCGAUGGGCUGCGGAAAGUCGUUUCGUUGAUGUAUAGAUCUGAGUCAUGCGCCCCAUUCUUUUCCUCCGUCGUCAAAAAUGUCGCAAGCCCAAACGUGGAAAUCAAGAAACUCGUAUAUAUAUAUCUUCUCAAAUACGCAGAAGAGGAGCCGGACCUUGCGCUUCUUUCCAUAAAUGCGAUCCAGAAGUCAUUAACAGACCAAAACCCUCAAGUUCGCGCGAUGGCUCUGCGAACUAUGUCCGGUAUUCGGGUACCUGUGAUAAGCCAAAUCGUCUCGUUAGCGAUCAAGCGUGGGUGCGGGGAUAUGAGCCCCCAUGUCCGCAAAGCUGCUGCUCUAGCUAUUCCAAAAUGCUAUCGAUUAGACCCCAACACGAUGCCUCAACUCACAGAUUAUCUUUCGACUCUUUUGGGUGAUACUCAGUAUUUUGUUGUUGGGCCAGCUGUCGCGUCAUUCACGGAAGUCUGUCCAGACAGACUGGAUCUUAUACAUAAACACUAUCGCAGUAUCGUGAGAAAGUUGGUUGAUAUGGACGAGUGGGGGCAAUUGGCAACCUUGCGACUUAUGACGAUAUAUGCGCGAAAAUGCUUUCCGAGAAGGACUGAAAGAGUCAAGAAAUCAGCUUCUAAAGGCUUUUACGAUGAAGUAGAAAGCAGUGAUGAUGAGGAUAAUGACGAAGUGCUCGAUAUUCUAGUCAUGGACUCUGAUCUCGACCUUCUGUUAAAAGCAUGCAAGCUACUGCUUCAAAGCCGAAACUCGGCUGUGAUUGUUGACACUGUUCGCUGUUUUCGAUAUUUAGGCACCAUUGAGCAGUUACAAUUGACAGUAGGUCCAUUAAUUGCACUACUUCGUUGCUCACAAGAUAUUCAGCAUGUUGCAUUAUACAAUAUCAUUGCUGUGGCGUUGUUGAUACCCAAAACUUUCACUAAAUACGCAUCUCAUUUCCUUGUGCGCUCGACAGACCAGGAACAAAUAAAAAUUUUGAAAAUGGAAAUUUUAACCAUUCUAUAUCCCUACUUUGGACUGCAUAUGAAAGGAGUUAUCCUAAGCGAACUUGAGCAUUUCUCGAAUGGAUUCGAUCUGGCUCUAGUUAGAGAGAGUGUGCGAGCUAUUGGCAGAUGUGCUGAGAGCGACCCCAGUGUCUCAGAUAAAUGUCUGCAGAUCCUUCUUCGGCAACUGUCUAGUGCUCACGACAAUCUGGUGUCCGAGGCUUUGACUGUUGUACGCCACCUCGUUCAACAAAACCCGGCUUCACACACAAGUACCGUCGUCAUGCUGGCAAAGCGUCUUGGAAUCACAUCAAGUCCGGAGGCAAGGGCUACGAUAAUAUGGCUAGUUGGCGAGUUUGCGGGAAUUGAUUUUGAGAACAACAUAGCCCCUGACGUGCUCAGGAUCUUGGCUCAAGGUUUUGCGGAUGAAUCUGAGACGGCGAAGCAACAGAUUGUGCUUUUAGGUGCCAAAGUUUAUCUCCACCACCUUCUCAACAAACCUCAGGAAAGCGCAGAAAGCCAUGUACAAGAAGAUCCCUCCGACAACGCGGAUCCACAGCCACCAAAAGAAGACACUAUCACCACGCUUUGGCGGUACAUUCUUCUCCUAGCCCGGUAUGACACUUCUUAUGACCUUCGCGAUCGAGCUCGUCUAUAUAAAGCGCUACUUGUCGACCCCACAUCAACACAACUUGCUAGCUUGAUUCUUCUUGCACCCAAGCCAGUUCCUCAUGCCCCUUCGCCGUCUGAGUUGAGAAAAGGCCUCCUAUUGGGAACUUCUACGCUGGUUAUUGGUCCUGAUGCCGGCAUGCAUGGACUCCGGGGGUACCAAGCCCUACCAGACUGGGUGGCUGCAGGCGAAGAACCGGAUCCUACACUAAGGGAUGAAGAAGUGACAGAUGCUGGAGUUGGGAAAGGCUUUGUUACAGCUGGUGAACGUUUGGAUAAGGCAUUAAAGGAUCAUGAUGCCGCGGCCGCUGCAGGUGCUGGUGCUAGUUCGAGUAGUGCUGUUGCAGCUGGUCGAAAUAAGUAUCUCUCGUUGGAUGAAUGGCUGGAUGAAAGCGAAGAGGGCGAAGAAACUACAGAAGAAGAGAGCACUGAGGAAGAGAGUUCGGAAGAAGAUGGGGAUGAAUACGAAACUGACGAAGUGGACGACGAUGAUAGCGGCCAAGCUCAGGCCGGGAGUUCUCGUGAGAAGGUUGCAUUAAUGGCAUAA